AUGGCCGCCGAGAAGCCCGACAAGAAGGAGAAGAAGGACAAGAAGCGCAGCGACGAGUCCGGCGUUGCCAAGUCCAAGAAGGAUAAGAAGGAUAAGAAGGACAAGAAGGAGAAGCUCGCCGCCGCCCUCGAGGACAAGCUCCAGAAGGAUGCCGCCGCCCAGAGCGACGCGGCCUCUAAGGCUGUGAAGGCCUCCCCGGCCGACGACAACUCCGACUCGGAGAUGGAGGACAAGUCUGGCGAGGAGGUCGCCCUCGAGCGCACCGUCGUGCCGUUCGCCGUACCAUUGGCCGACGACAAGGGCCAGAAGAAGGUCUACAAGGCUAUCCGCAAGGCUGCCAAGAACAACACCCUCAAGCGCGGCGUCAAGGAGGUCGUCAAGACCCUCCGCAAGUCCCCCCCCUCUGCCCCCGGCUACACCUCCUUCCCCGGCGUGGUCGUCAUCGCCGGCGACAUCUCCCCCCAGGACGUCAUCUCCCACCUCCCCGUCCUCUGCGAGGACCACAACGUCCCCUUCAUCUUCGUCUCGUCCCGCGCCGAGCUCGGCGCCGCGGCCAAGACCAAGCGCCCCACCAGCGUGGUCAUGAUCAUGGAGAAGCCCGACGGCAAGAAGAAGGCCGCCGCCAAGGACGACGCGGCCGACGGCGAGGACUUUGGCGAGACCUACGCCUCGCUGGUCAAGUACGUGCAGAAGGAGUACUCAAAGCAGGGAUUCUGGGUCAAGGGCGAGUCGAAAGCAUAG